GUGCCCGCCGCGCCGCGUUGACUGGUUUCGCGAAAGUUGAACAGAGAGGAGACGAAGGGAUGAGAAGCGGAUAGAAAGAAAUUAACCGGCUCCGCGGACCGAGCGUGUCCUCGCUCGUACGUACAGCCUGCGUUUGAUAUAUGCAACGCGAAAUGGAUUUCGUUUCGGAAUUGGAAGGAUGGAAAGAUAGCGGCGCGGUUGGAAGAAGCUGGUGCUCCCUCCGUGGGAGCCGUGGCGGCAUGGCAGGUUACAAGAAGCAGAGAGGAGCCGAGAGGUUCUCGUUCUCGUAGGAGAAGUUAAAAGAGGAAAAGAGGGGCUCGGUUGCGUCUCGUUGCCGCCGAGUGGCGCUCACCUGCCUAGUCCGCAACAGUCUCGUACGGUUCGCUCCGACCAGGAGCCUCGUCGCCGAUCACGGACCAACGAUUCUCUUCUCUUCUCUUCUCCUCCAUCCCCUACCAUCGACCUCCUUCUUCGCUUUCCACCUCCGCACCAUCUAGCUACGCCACGUGUCGUCAGCUUUUCGACCUACCCUCUAUCCUUUCCUACCCUUUCCUUUCCAUCUACAUCACCUUUCACCUCCCUUCGCCCGUCCCCUUUGCCCUCUAUCAUCCCUCUGUCGUUACGACGAUAAUCCAGGAGAAUCCGAUCGGAAUCGAUCCUUUUCUUCGAACGAGUGGUGCAGUGAAGGUGGUACAGGUGGUAAGGUGGUCUUGGAAGGAGAACAGAACAGAAGAAGUAAGAAAAGAAGAGAAGAAGAAGAAUGGUGGGGCUGAUGUCUUCUCUACUGCUUAGUACGCUUUUCUGGUGGGGGUAAAGCAACACUCAAAGUUCGUGGUGACGUAGUUGUGGCAGGAACGCGACGCGUUUUUGUCCCAGGCCGGAAGAGACGAUAUUGUUCCUUCCUAGAUUCGAGAAAAUCCUCGGCAACUUCUAGCGAGAGAUAAAAGGGGAAGUAUCGAGAGUCGGAAGAAAGAGGUGGAAUGGCUAUGAAACGGUAGGGGAAGUUUCAGAGUGGGGGUAUAUCUAGUUCAAGAGACCGGAAGCGGAUGGUGUUCCGGAUGUUUCUCGAUUUAGUGAUAACGAAGAUACACGGUGCUUCCAAGAGCUUGCGAGAGUCAAAGCAAACCGAGAAAUUUGAUUGUUUUUCCAUCGUUCGGUGUAACAGGCUGGAAAGAGAAGAUGAGGAUUCGACGUGUCCGAUAUUUGCAUUUCGCCGAAGCUCGUUCGCUUUGAUUUCGAGACCGAAGAAGAAAGAAGAAGGCGCGGGAGGAGGAGAAAGAGGAAGUAGAGGGCUGUAGCGACGCCGAAGAAGAAGAAGAAGAAGAAGAAGAAGAGGAAGAAAAGGAUCAUGCUUCAGUGAAGUGUCGGCAGAAGCGAAGAUACACGAGAAAGUAGUCGAGAGUGGACGGUCGAGGAGAUCGGGUGCUCGAUAAAGAAAUUUCUCUCUCUCGAGAUCGUGGAAAAAAGGAUCUUUGAAUAUUCUUUAAAGAACACGUAGCAGUGAUCUAAACGAGAGUGGCGUCAUUUCUCGGCGAGUUUCGUAGGUCAGGAUUCGACAAGGUUCUUUUCUACGUCACAGAACGCGUUCGAUUUCCUUUCGCGUUCUCGGUUGGAGAACACAUCCGUCUUCCGGUAUCCAGCGACACGAACGGCCGGGAAGGAAAGCAAUUGUCUGAGGACUCGCACGGAGGGGCGGAGGGGAUGGAGAUGCGCCUCGUUCUCGUGGCGAUCUGCCUCCUUCUCGUCACCCCCAUCGCCGGCUCUUUCUGGACCGUUGGAAAUCAGGUGGUGAUGGAUCCGUUGCUCAUCUGCAAGAAAACCAGGAGACUGAGGGGUAAGAUGGCGGAUAUUUGUCGGAAAGAGCCGUCGUUGUUGAAGGAGAUCGCAAGAGGCGUGCAAGUUGGGACCAGAGAAUGCCAAUAUCAAUUCAGGAAUCGACGAUGGAAUUGCACAACGAUCAGGAGAUCGUUGAGGAAGAUUUUGCUACGAGAUACCAGGGAGACGGGUUUCGUGAACGCCAUUACCGCGGCCGGUGUUACCUACGCGGUCACCAGGGCCUGCACCAUGGGCCACCUGGUCGAGUGCUCUUGCGACAAGAUGACACCGAAAGGUAAUCGUUUGGGCAAACUGGCGCGUGCCAUCGACAUGGAGAAGAGUCUGCCUACGGAGGGUGACUGGGAAUGGGGUGGAUGCGGCGACAACGUGAAGUUUGGAUUCAAAAAGUCACGGGACUUCAUGGACGCGCCUUAUCGAAAACGCACCGACAUCAAAACUCUGGUCAAGCUUCACAACAACAACGCUGGUCGUCUGGCUAUCAGGAACUUUAUGAGGACCGAGUGCAAGUGUCACGGACUGUCCGGAUCGUGCACGGUUCGCACGUGUUGGCGGAAAAUGCCCCCGUUCCGUGACGUAGGGAACAGGCUGAAAGAGUCGUUCGACGGAGCGGCUAAAGUGAUACCGAGCAACGACGGGCACAGCUUCAUCACAGAGGGUCCGACCAUCAAGCCGCCCGACAGAUUCGAUCUGAUUUACAGCGAGGACUCGCCCGACUUCUGCAAGCCGAACCGAAAGACGGGAUCGUUAGGUACCCAGGGACGUCGUUGCAACUCCACCAGUCAAGGAGUAGACGGCUGCGAGCUACUGUGCUGCGGCCGUGGCUACGACACCAGGAUCGUCAAGGAGAAGAUCAAUUGCGAGUGUAGGUUCCGUUGGUGUUGCGAGGUCACCUGCAACACUUGCCUCGUCAAGAAGACCAUCAACACUUGUCGUUAGCAAUGAUUGGCGCAAUGGAUAUUUAGGUAAUUUCUGGUCUCCUCCCUGUUGUCAACGCGUUUUCCAUCAGAGUAUGUUUCAUUUUUUCACCGUUUCGUUUCAGCCAGUCUAUUUAUUUUCUUUUUCUAUAUUUCUGAAGAUUCCAGGUAAAUAGAAAGUAAUUGAAUCGUCCCGCCUUAUCCUACCUUCCAGACUCUUAUUCGAUUACGCUGAUCCUUCCUGGACCUGAACAUCCUAAGAAAAGAGAUCCGAAUCCAGGUAUUCUGUGGACUGACUGAAACGAAACGAGAGAUUAAUCUGGACCGCAAAUGGUAAGAAAUGUUCAUCUUUCGACGUUUGAUGAUUCCGCGGUUAGGAUAAGCGUUUGUAAUAUAGAUAUCGCGAAUCGAUUCUGAAAAAGGCUGCGUCUAGCUUUCGAUUCGAGGAGCGAUCAUUGUCGUCGUUCGAAGCUUUCCAGGUAUCUCCAGCUAUUCGUUGAAGCGUUUCCGGUCGCGUUCGUCGCGGGUGAAACGUUCGUAGCUUUUCUCGCUUUUCGUCCAGUUUGUCGGCGAAUUUUCUUUACGCUUGCAAAAUCUCUCCAUGAUUUUUUUUUUUUUAUUUUAAUUUUA